CCGACGAGGCGACGACGCACCGGGACCCCGUCCGUCCGCUGCUCUGUACCCGCUGCCCGGUGCUCUGUGGACGGGGAGAGAGACAGACAAACAGGGAUUCUAAACGAGCUGGAGGAAACGUCCAUCCAUCUCAGGGCAACAAAGGCAGCUCCUCACACCCUUGCAGAGCAGCAGGCCUCCGUCAUGACUGUUUGAAGGGGGGACGCGGACCCACCGUGGCCCAUGCACUGUACCCGUUUCCCUCCCUGUCCUCCUUAUCCCUCAAGCUGACGCAGAACCCCAGACACCUGCCCCCCCCUCCCCCACCCUCACUCCCACCCGGUCCCCAGCGACUCGCCGCCUCCCGCCAUGGUGUCCGGCACAGAGACCGUGCACUACAUCCACCUCCACAACUCCAGCCAGUCGGUGCUGGAGGCCCUGCGCACCCAGCGGCGCGAGGGCCUCUUCUGCGACGUGACGGUGCGGAUACACGACGCCUCGCUGCGCGCCCACGCCUGCGUCCUGGCAGCCGGCAGCCCCUUCUUCCAGGACAAGCUGCUGCUGGGCCACUCUGAGAUCUCCGUGCCGCCGCUGGUGCCCGCCGAGACCGUGAAGCAGCUGGUGGAUUUCAUGUACAGCGGCUCGCUGGUGGUGCUGCAGUCGCAGGCCCUCUGCAUCCUCACCGCCGCCAGCAUCCUGCAGAUCAAGACGGUCAUCGACGAGUGCACCCAGAUCAUCUCUCAGAGGAAGGCGGCGGCCACGGCGGCGGCUGCAGCUGCUGCAGCUGCUGCGGCGGCGGCGGCGGCGGCAGGAGGAGGGAUGCUCGGAGGAGUUCUCCCAAAACAGGAAGAGCGUGGCGGGGGAAAGGAAGGGAGAGCAGCGGCGGUGGAAGCUGUUCUGUUGGUGCGGGCGGGGGCGGAGGUUACGCAAACUUCCCCAACUUCAUGGCUGAAUGCGGGUCCAGCAACAUGGGAGGAGGGUUGGGGGCGCCAGCGAGAGCGGCCCGGGCCCGAUGGAGCAGGCCAACGCGGUGAGUCUGAUGGCGCUGGGCGACAUGGGCCCCGGCUCCAUGUGCGGAGACGGCCUGGGCACCGGGGCCGGCGCCAUCCUCAUGAAGCAGAGCUCCAGCUGCACUCAGGACGUCAGGUACAAACUCCGGGACCUGCUGGCUCAGACGGCCAACGGCGCCAACACCAGCAGCACGGGGAACCUGUCGGCGGCCUGCAGCUCCGGCGUGGGCAGCGUGGACAGCAUCGGCAGGGACAGCCUCCGCGGCAACGCCACCGACCUCUCCGACGACCUGGUGGCGAUGGAGAGGUACAGCGAGGAGGAGGACCUGGACGUGAGGGAGCGGGGGAGAGACGGAGACAGAGAGAGGGGGUGAGCCACAGCCGCAAGCAGAGGCAGCCGCUGAGACUCCAGGUGCUGGGAGGAGAAGGGGUGGUGGUGAAAGAUGAAGGGGUUCAGGACCCAGAUGGAUCCGUCUACGGCAUGGAGGACCAGAGGCGGGCCGGACAGCAGGAGGGCUCCCAGGAAUCCAUGGCUGGCUUUGGACAGGAUUUCUACGAUGAGCAGGGGGUGUUCUCGGAGAGUUUCUGGCCCCAGAGCGAGCCUCCUCAGGCCAUGGCUUUCAACCCCAGAGGAAGGGUCAACAAGCCUCUGACUCCGCCUCCGACCACGCAGUCCAUCAACAACCAGCUUCUCUUCCAGUACCCAGUGAGCCAGUCGCAGCCAGCUCCCUUCUAUGUGGGCGGGCCCAUGGGUGGGAUUGACAGCAUGGCAGGGACCGAGCCCACUCAGCAGGCCCCGCCGCCGGCGCCGAUGACCCCGGCCCCGCCUCCCUCCGCCUCCUCCUGCUCGGCAGGCCCCUCCCCUUCCUCCCAGGGAUCCGAGACCUCGUUUGACUGCACGCACUGUGGCAAAUCUUUACGUUCCAGGAAGAACUACAGCAAGCACAUGUUCAUCCACUCCGGUCAGAAACCUCAUCAGUGCUCCAUCUGCUGGCGCUCCUUCUCCCUGCGUGAUUACCUCCUCAAACACAUGGUGGUGCACACCGGCGUCAGGGCCUUCCAGUGCUCCAUGUGCGGCAAGCGCUUCACCCAGAAGAGCUCGCUCAACGUGCACAUGCGCACCCACCGUGCCGAGCGCACCUUCCAGUGCAACGUGUGCCACCGGGCCUUCACCCACCGCACCUUGCUGGAGCGCCACGCCCUGCAGCACGCCCACCACGCCCCGCCGGGCCAAGGCCAGGGGCGUGGAGCCGACAUGACCUCACCUACCAAGCACAGCCCUCCGGCUCUGGGAGGGCCCUCAGGUAUGGCUGGCGCGGCUGGCAUGGUCGGCAGCAUGGCCAACAUGCCAAGCCACGGAGCUUCCUCCACCUAGAGAGGGAGGGGAGAUACGGGGGGGGAGAUUAGAGGGGGAGGUUAGUGAGCCCAUUCCUUGAACCAACACUAAUUUGGUCCUAACAGCCUUGUUGACCUUUUGUUCUGGUGGGUUCCCAUUGUUUUAGCUUAGCGACACCUUCAAUCAGGGUUCCUACACAGUCUGAACGUUUUGGAAUUGCACAAAAAUCUUGAAAAAGUUUGUAAAAAUAGUUGAAACCUCCCAAGAAAUCCUUCUUAAAUAGCUGUAGUGCUCCUGUCAUUUCCUGUGUUGUGACGUCCGUUGCCACGACGACUAAUCGUGAGCUCAAGACAUCUAAAAUCCAUCCAAAAAGUUUCUUUUUUUUGAUGGAAUUUUAUUUUAUUAGAGAACGUGUAGGAACCCUGUUUCAAAGACACAAAAGAGUCACCAAAGAGGUUAGGAAUACAGAGCGGGUA